UCAUUAAAUUGACAAAUUAUAUCUCUAAACAUGAAACUACUCGAGAGUACAAGCUUUGAGGCCAUCAACAAUGCCCUGCAUAUUCAAACCGGCGACAGCACAAUUCAUGGCCGAAUUGAAAGUUACUCCUGCAAGAUGGCAGGCAACGACAAGGCUUUGUACAAACGAUUCACCUCCGAGCAGGCACCGACCGAUCUAGAGGCUCUGUCUCCACCGCAGACAUUGCAGGAUCUGUCGCCGCAAUUUCUGCGCAGUUCACUUUCAGGGGACGAAGGAGUUACGCUAUGCGACACUAUAUCGCGUAAAACAUUGUUCUAUUUAAUAGCAACACUUAAUUCGGCUUUCGAGCCAGAUUAUGACUUCAGCGAUGCAAAGAGUCAUGAAUUCAGUAAGGAACCCUCCCUUCAAUGGGUCCUCAAUUCAAUCGAAGGAAAUCUUUCUGCCGUGGCUGGAGAACAAUAUCAUAAAAUUCGCACCGCGCUUUGGUCCACUAUUGAAGAGGAGAUUUUGUUGAAUGACUGCGAUAUUUACAGCUAUAACCCGGACUUAAAUUCAGAUCCAUUCGGAGAGCCCGGAUGUUUGUGGUCCUUCAACUAUUUCUUCUACAAUAAGAAAAUGAAGCGCAUUGUAUUCUUCACCUGCAGAGCAAUCAAUUCCGUUUACGCCGACUCUGGAUUCAGCAGUGAUUUUGCGAUGGAAGACGACGAGUGUUAUUAAAUUAUCGCAUACCAGUUAUUUAUAUUCGCUUACCUAAAAUGACUUUUUACAAAACAAAAUCAACCAAACGGUAAAUCGUACUAAUUUUAAUGGCAUAAAAUAUUGUACGCAAACCCCAUCCAAACUAUUUGCGUAAACCCAUUUUAAUUGGGUCUUACAAAGCACGUAUUGAAAUAAAUUUGACCCGAUAUCAACUUAACUCGGAAGCUCUGUUAUAAGUUUACGAGGGUGCAGCAUAUUUUAGGUAUGUACCCUACAAAAGGAACAUUGACUCAAUAACAAUUCAAUAUAUACACACGUUUGUUAAAAAUAUUCUAACUCAUUACAACUAGUAGAUACACAACAUAGCAUUGUAACUAUUUAAAAUGAACUUUUGAACAAUUUUUGUAACACCACAUAGCACAGCACAGUUACGUGAAGGCAGGUGAGAGCUGCGGUGUGAGAAUUUACGUAACCGUGAGUGCGCGAUGCCGGCAGUGUGUAACCAACUGGAACAACAAACAAGGCUUUUUUCUGAACUCUUAUUAUAUGAAAUGUAUCCAUACAUCCGGAAAACUCAAACUAUUACAUAUAUGUAACCAUGGAUGUUGUUAUAGUAGAGAGAUAUUUUAAUAUUACAAGCAAGUAAUGUAGGUGUUUGAGACUGCACUGACGUGAAAUUUACACGUACAUCUUUUGAUAAAAGUAUGCAUAAAUCACAAUUGGUGAAUACCUAGUUUAAUCUGAAGAGUAGUUGUCGGAGAGAAAGAAAUGAAAUUAUAAUGUACUUGCUGCUCUCUGCAAGAUAAACGGGUAAAUUCCGCUUCAGCCUGCAGUCGCCAGUUGGUGAAAUUGCCCCUGUUUUUGUUUGCUAACGAGUUGCUUUUCUUGGGUUCACAACACAAACACUAGAGUGAGAACAAUCGGAUGAAAAGUUAUACGAAGAAGAAAGCAGAAAAGCUUCACACCAGAUGUGCUCACAGCUUUACAGAGCUCGUAAACACCUUUUGGCGUGGACAUUCAUUGGCAACCACUAACAGUAUUUCAGUACACUCCGUGGGAUAGGGCGGUUGAAGUUUAAUUCAUUACGAUUCAGUUUAGCUAAUGUAAUGAGGCCGCAUGUGAGAACUAUUUCAUUGACUGUACUUUGUGAUAUUAGCUUGUAGAAUUUGUAGAUUUAACACAGACAUCAUACCGUCUAAAGGUUUAAAAUAUUAUAAAUUUCUUUUUUCUGGAAUCAAUGUGAAUUACUUUUGAUAGAUUCAUACAUAUUGACGACCUUAUCAAAAGGUUGAGCACAGCAAUAUACGAGUAUUAAUGUAUUCUUGCUCAGUUAUAUGUUUGAAUACUAAACCUAUUUUUCAGUUUUUUUCGCAUUAAUUUUGUAUUAAAAUCUUUCAUGAUGUGCAUCGAAGGGAUUAAGAGAAAAAUACAUUUGAAGAUUUAUUUGAAAUUACAUUAACGAAACGCUAUAUGUAUAAGCAAAUGAGAGGAAAAAUUUAGCAUUCGAAAAUUGUUUUUCCCUCCAUCACGUGUCUGUUGAGCUCAGUUGAUCACCAAACAAACGCAAUUCGAGAACACUCGUAAAAGCCGAUUACAUAACUGCUACACAUAAAUACAGUAUGUGCGUAACGAGAAAGUGCAUCAGAAGAAUUAUAUUUAUCUACACAAUUUUGCGUUUUUUACGAGAGAAUAUAAGAUAACACUUCGUAUAGCAUCCCAUCUGCUUUGAAGAAGGCCCAUUUAGUUUUACCUACGUAUAUAGAAAUAUCAUUCUCAUACGAUUUAAUAGUUCUAGAUUUGGAAACCUGACUCACAAAUCCAUAUUACAGUAUCUUGAUAUGCAAAUAAUAAGUUUUUAUGAUGGGCGAUUUGAAACAAUCGACGUGCAGUAACGAAAUCGACUACGCGUUAAUUGUCUUAAAUAAUUAUUAGAAACAAUUUUGAAACUGUCAAAUGCUAACCUGAUCUCAUAUUACUGGAAUGUGUACAUGGAACAGACAUGAUAGCGGAUUGUCUAUUUUGCAGUAUACAUUAUUAGACUUUACGUUCUUCACAAUGUGUUAUCUACCGGUUGUGAUCUUGGAUAACAAGUCAAUCAAAACCGCUUGACCCUUGCAUGUACCUAUGCAAGAACUAGACACAUUAACUAGAGCCACCAUGGCAUGUUAAUUUCCAUGUGUGUGUUUGUUUUGCUUGGUUAGUAAUAGUUGUUUCUUUUUUUUUAUUAAAUAGUGUUUGCUCUAAACAACCUUUUUUGAUUCAUGCACAUCAAUAUUCGCGUGGUGGGUAUUUUAAAAUGUAUACAUACCUUUAAUAACUUGCAAAUCACAGAAUAAAACACUCAUUAAAGUGUUUGAGUAAGAUUAAUGAAAAAGAACAAAAUAACAGAAAUAUUCAAGUAGUAUCUUUACUAAUACAAUACAUUAUUUUAACAAUAUUAUCAAUUGUAUGAGAGAAAUUAAAUAUAUAUAAAAAUAAAGAAAAAA